GCCCUUUCCCCUUUCUGCAGAGAAGGCAGCUGACGACGAUGUCCAGAAGUCCGACAUCUCCUCCAGCAGCCAAGGAGUGAUCGAGAAGGAAUCCCUGGGGCCUCUUCUCCUGGAGGCGCUGGAUGGCUUCUUCUUUGUCGUGAACCGGGAAGGGAGGAUCGUGUUCGUGUCUGAGAACGUGACCGGCUACCUGGGCUACAACCAGGAGGAGCUCAUGAACACCAGCGUCUACAGCAUCCUGCACGUGGGGGAUCACGCCGAGUUCGUCAAGAACCUGCUGCCCAAGUCUCUCGUGAACGGAGUUCCUUGGCCUCAAGAGGCGACCCGGCGCAACAGCCACACCUUCAGCUGCAGAAUGCUGAUCCGGCCCCCCGACGAGCCAGGCGCCGAGAACCAGGAGGCCCGCCAGCGCUACGAGGUGAUGCAGUGCUUCACAGUGUCCCAGCCCAAAUCCAUCAAAGAGGAAGGAGAAGAUUUCCAGUCGUGUCUGAUAUGCAUCGCGCGGAGAUUACCUCGACCUGCAGCUGUCACCAGUACAGAGUCGUUUGUGACCAAGCAAGAUACUACAGGUAAAAUCAUCUCCAUUGACACCAGCUCCCUGCGAGCGGCAGGCAGGACUGGCUGGGAGGACCUGGUGCGGAAGUGCAUCUACGCAUUCUUCCAGCCUCAGGGCAGAGAGCCGUCAUAUGCCAAGCAGCUAUUCCAAGAAGUGAUGACCCGUGGCACGGCCUUCAGCCCAUCCUACAGGUUUACACUGAGCGACGGGACGGUGCUGAGCGCCCACACCAAGUGUAAGCUCUGCUACCCCCAGAGUCCUGAGAUGCAGCCCUUCAUCAUGGGCAUCCACAUCAUCGACAGGGAUCACGGCAUGCUCUCUCCUCCAGAGAACGCGAACUCCGCCAUGCCCCUUCCGCGGGUCAGCCCCUCGCUGAACCCCAGCAUCAGCCCGGGGCAAGGCAUGGCCCUGCCACCCACCAUCCCUCCAUCCAACGGCAGCAUGUUGGCAACCAACGUGAACCAGCAGCCAGGCUCUGGCCUCCACAGCAGCAAUUCCACCACCAGCCAGCCGAGCUUUGGGUGUUCCCCUGGGAGCCAGAUAGGAGCCAACGUUGCCUUAAGCCAGGGACAAGCGGGUCCCCAGAACAGUAACCACACUUUGAACCUCAACAGCUCACCUAUGGGCAGCCCUGGCAUGACACCGCCGCAGUUCAUGUCUCCCAGGCAUCGGGUUAGCCCAGGACUGGUCCCGCGGCCCAGAGCACCCAACAACCCUUUCUCUCCCACCAUGCCCACCAUGCACUCCCCCGUGGGCAUGACCGGCAGUGGCUGCAGCAGCGCUGGAGGUGCAGGUGGCAGCGGCAGCCGGCCCUACCCCAGCGCUCCAAUGAACUCUAUGCAGGUGCUUGGCGACAGCCCCAGCACCCCCAUGGGCUACUCCACGCCACCGCCUGUCCUGCGGCAGAUGAGCAACCAGAACUCACCCGGGCGCCUUGCCAUGCAGCCCAUGAAAACGGAGUCGAAGGACAGCAAGGAGAUCGCCUCUAUCCUGAGUGAGAUGAUCCAAUCCGACAGCGGCUCCGGGGACAGCAAGCCUCUGGACUCGGCCAUGCUUCACGCCAGUGACAGGCUCUCGGAGGGCGAUGCCAAGGGCGCCCAGGCCACCAGCCACAAGCUGGUCCAGCUCUUGGCCAGCACAGCUGAGCAGCAGCUGCGGCAUGCCGAUGCUGACACUAGCUGCAAAGAUCCCUUGUCCUGUACAGGGGCCAUGGGGACCCCGGCAUCCGGGAACCCUCCAAGCACCACAUGUCCCUCCUCCCACAGCUCGCUGACGGAACGGCACAAGAUCUUGCAUCGGCUUCUGCAGGAAGGCAGCCCCUCCGACAUCACCGCCUUGUCCAUGGAGCACGACAAGAAGGAGAAUGUGCCCAGCACCCCCACCGCCCCCACCACACACAGUCAGAUCCCGGGCACACCUGAGAUCAAACUGGAGCCAGAGGCCUUGAAGAAAAAGGACAUCAAGGAUCAUCAGCUCCUGCGCUACCUGCUGGACAAGGACGAGAAGGAGCUGGCUGCUGCCCCGGCCCUGAGCCUGGACGAUGUGAAGGUGAAAGUGGAGAAGACGGAGCAGAUGGACCCAUGCAAUACGACGCCAGCUCCGCUGACCAAACCUACAGCCGUGGAGGAAGUGAAGCUGGAAAAUCAAGGCCAGCAGGGUCCUGGCUGUGGGCUGGUCGUGCCUUCUAGACGGCUGCCCCAGUCUCCUGGCUCGCUCCCUCAACAGGGCUGGAGCAGCUGUUACGCCUUGGUGGAAGCCAGGAGAUGCUCGUUUGCCGCCGACCUCGACCAGCUCGACCAGCUGUUGCCAUCGCUGGAGAAGGCAGCGCAAAUGCCGGGCCUGUGCGGGCCAGACAGAACCGAAAGUGGCGUGGCAAUCAAACCCGAGAUGAUGGCAGCUCCGCUCCAGGCCAGCAGCAUGGCAAGGACCCCCGCGGGUCUCAAUCGAAUAUCCGAGCUGGAAUUGGGAGUUCCAGAUCACCAGUUUGGGCAGCCAGGAAUGGGCGACCAACUUCCAUGGACAGACAACACCAUGGCCUCCAUGAAUCGAGGACCUUUGAACAAACCAGAAGACCAGUGCAUCACUUCCCAGCUAGACGAGCUGCUGUGCCCUCCCACGACGCCCGAGGGUCGAAACGACGAGAAAGCCCUCCUCGAGCAGCUUGUGUCCUUCCUGAGCGGCAAGGACGAGACGGAGCUGGCGGAGCUGGAUCGAGCACUGGGGAUUGACAAGCUGGUCCAGGGAGGGGGGCUGGAAGCACUGACGGAGAGAUUCCAGCCCCAGCAAGUGACACCGCCUCUCCUCAUGGAUCAAAAGCCCGGCAUGUAUCCCCAGCCUUACUCCUCCGCUCCCACCGCCAACCUCCCCGGCCCCUUCCAGGGCAUGGUCCGGCAGAAACCUUCCUUUGGGCCGAUGCCCGUCCAGGUACCUCCGCCCCGAGGGGCUUUCCCCACCAACAUGGGCAUGCAGCCACGGCAAACCCUCAACAGGCCCCCGACAGCUCCCAACCAACUGAGACUCCAGCUGCAGCAGCGACUGCAGGGGCAGCAACAGUUGAUACACCAGAACCGGCAGGCCAUCCUGAACCAGUUUGCAGCCAGUUCCCCGGUCGGCAUCAACAUGAGGGCAGGCAUGCAGCAGCAGAUCACGCCACAGCCACCUCUGAAUGCCCAGAUGCUGGCCCAGCGCCAGCGAGAGCUGUACAGCCAGCAGCACCGGCAGAGGCAGCUCAUGCAGCAACGCGCCCUCCUGAUGAGACAGCAGAGCUUUGGGAACAACCUCCCGCCCUCGGCCGGCCUCCCGGUGCAGAUUGGGGCUGCCCGCCUCCCCCAAGCACCCCCACAGCAGUUCCCCUACCCCCCGAACUACGGUACGAGCCCUGGGAACCCACCCACCUCCACCAGCCCCUUCUCACAGCUGGCGUCAAACCCUGAGGUGGCGCUGGCCAAUCGCAACAACAUGGUGAACCGGAGCAUGAUGGGCAGCGUCGGGGGGCAGUUCGGCGCUGGGAUGACCCCACAGAUACAGCAGAACCUCUUCCAGUAUUCGGGAUCGGGCAUGGGCCAGCAGAACGAGCCCGGCUUUGCCCCCGCGCUCAGCCCCAGCAGCCCGCUGAUGUCGCCGCAGAUCCCUCCUUCCCAGAGCCCCAUGCUGCAGGCGGCCCCGCCGACCCCCGGGUACCAGUCCCCGGACAUGAAGACCUGGCAGCAAGGAACAAUGGGGAAUAACAACGUUUUCAGCCAAGCAGGGCAGAACCAGCCGGCGCCCGCCCAGCAGGGGAUGUACAACAACGUGAGCAUCACUGUGUCCAUGGCAGGAGGGAACACCAACGUCCAGAACAUGAACCCCAUGGCCGGACAGAUGCAGAUGAACUCGCUGCAGAUGCCCGGGAUGAACUCCAUGUGCUCCGAGCAGGUAAAUGACCCGGCGCUGAGACCCACGGGCCUUUACUGCAACCAGCUUUCCUCCACUGACCUUUUGAAAACAGAAGCAGACGGGGCGCAGCAGGUACAGCAGGUUCAGGUGUUCGCGGAUGUGCAGUGUACAGUGAAUCUGGUAGGCGGAGACCCUUACCUGAAUCAGCCUGGUCCCGUGGGCUCCCAGAAAAACGCAUCGGGUCCUCAGACCACGCAGGCCCAACAGAAGAGCCUCCUUCAGCAGCUACUGACUGAAUAACCCGCUUUUAAAGGAAUGUGAAAUUUAAAUAAUAAGACGUACAGAGAUAUAUAAAUAUAUAUAUUAUAUAUUUUUCUGAGAUUUUUGAUAUCUCAACCUGCAGCCAUUCUUCAGCUCGUAGUGUUUGGAGCAAAGAGGUGUUUUUUUUGUUUUGUUUUUUUUUGUCGGUGUCAUUUUGUUUCGUUUGAGGGGUUUUUUCCCUUUCCCUGUUUUUUUUUUUUUUUUCCCCCCCCUUGUUUUUUUCUUUUCUUUUUGUAAAAGGCGUCGGACGUUGGCAAAGCGACGAGGCAGGACAGUCGGUUUCUUGAGCCAAAAUUACAGAUGAUUCUUAUUUUUGUAAUCAGUUGCUGGCUUCUUAAUCUGGACGAAGGUUUCUCGGGGCCGCGGGGGAGGGACGGGGAGAAGACUGCGUCGGACGAGACUGCGUCGGAAGGAGGAGGAUUCUGUCAGUUUCAGCUGGAUCUGUCACUGAUUCGUGCCUCGGGACCCCGGGCGCGGGGGGAUGCGUGGAGGACUCGACGUCGGACUGUCAGAAACGGCCGUUCUUAUUCGCACUUAAAACAACCAACCGACCUUCUCUCCCCUCUGCCCCAGCCCGCUCGUGCGUACAAUCAGCUUUUUCUAGCAAAAUCGUGAGUUUGUCAGUUUUCAAGAUAAAAAACAGAGUAUUUUGACCCACCUUUUUUUCCAUGUUUUAUGCUGGUUUAAGGCCUCUCGGACAAGAGGGGCCCCAAAUGUGUACAUUACAACGAGAGAGGGGAAAAAAAAAUAAAACGAGAAUAAAAAAGGCAAAGGGAAAAAAGAGAGAAAAAAAAAAGAACAGUUUGGGAAAAACUGCAAUAAUUUUUAGGGGGAAGGAUGGGGGGGUGGGGCCUGUCAAUUAUUGUAGAUACAAAUUUUCUGAUUAAAUAUUAAAUAAAAUUAAGCAGUCGGUUCUUUCUGCUUGGGUUGUGUUUAACCGCUGAGGUAGCAUAAACUAUUUAAAAUAACGAGGAUGAUAAAAUAAUAAUAAGAGGAAGAAUUCAGUUACCUGCUGGGAGAUAGCUGCUUUUUUUUCCCCCUCCAGCCUCUCACUGUAAAUAGCUUGGGUCUCUUGUAUAAAUUUGGUUUUACUUUCCUUCUCUCUUUUAUUUGAGGAUUGCUCCUAAUCUCACGGUGUUCCUGACUUACCGGGGGGCAGGGCUUUUCCCCCCCUCCCCUUCUUUCUCUUUCUACAAUCGCGCUGGUGUGUGGAAACCCUGUAGCUUUGUCGAUUUGAAUAUGCAAGUUAAAAACCAACAAAGAAACCCC